CGAACACGGAAGAGAAGGGCGGGGCGGAGCGGGGCUGGUAUGGCCGCCGCGCCGCCAGGCCAGGAGCUGUGCCCGUACUGCCGCAGGCCUUUCAAGCGGCUCCGCACCCACCUCCCGCACUGCAAGGCCGCGCCCAGCACAGCACCCAGCAGCGCUAAUAGCCCCGCCGCGCCCGGGAGCGGCUCCGUCCCCCCAGCGAGCGGCUCGGCCUCUGUCACAGCCGGGAGCCCUUCGGCCCGGGGCGGCUCAGGCUCGGUCACAGCCGGGACUCCCGUCCCUCGGGGCGGCUCGGGCUCGGUCACAGCCGUCCCCACUGCCAAGCCAGGGUCAGGCAUCAAGGCGCGGGCCGGUAAGAGCAACAAGCGGCCUCCCAGCCCCAGUGUGGGGCAGGGAAAAGUGGCCGCGGGCGAGCAGAGCGGAGGGUUUGGUCCCAGUCUUCCUUGCCAGCCCGAGGGCCGUAAGGCAGAGACUAAUGUGGAGCCUGCGGUGGAGGACGUAGCCAGGUCCCUUGAUUUGCUCCCUGAGGAGGUUAAAGAUAUACCCAAAAAGCUGAACAAUGGUGUUAAAAUAGUGAUUGAGAAGCACCGUGCCAGGGUGGUGAGGAAGCAGAGCGGUUCCUGGAGCAGAGGGGGUACAGCUGGAAGCCACAGUGUGGACCAGGAGCCUGAGGAAGGGCUGAAGCCGGGCGGUGCUGCCAACCACACAGCCCAGUCUGGCCCACGGGAGAAAAUAACUGUUCCAGACGUGGCAAACACAGAGAAACAUGGUCCUGGAGCUGCGGAGAAUGUGGCUGUGAGCUCAAAGGGAGAAAAAGGGGGUAGUUCAAAGGCAAGAAAAAUAUACGUGCUUGGAGAUCCCCCAGAAGCUGACUGCAGAAGUAGCCCUGGUGACCUCGCUCAGCAGGAGGGAAUAGAGAAAACCGUGACAGAAGAGAAGCAGAUGUACCGAGAAGUCAGUGUGGAAUAUAAAGCUCCUCUUUCUGCUUUGCAUACCAAGAGCCUCCAUCUGUCAGCGAUGGAGGGGUUCGGAGGUCACAAAGAAGGGACGUCCAAACAUUACCUAACCAGCAUACAAAAGCUUCAAGAGAGCAUGAAGCAGAUGGUGGCAGUUUCCGAGCCCAUUCUGGAUACGAGGAGGGACACGGAGCUGGCACUGGACCAGUUCUCACUCCACACCUCCGAAAGCCAACCCAUCUGUCUAUCCCAGGCCUCUGGCAGGAGCGCGCCGGCAGGGGCCGUGGGCUUGGAGUGGUUUCCAGACUUGUAUCCUAGUUAUGAUGGGCUGAGUAUUUUUCCAGGAAAGCCUUUCCAAGAAGACGUGGGGAUCAUAACGAAGGCAUCAAGGGGCAAUUUCUCAGAGGGACAGCAAGGUCCCCUCUCAGAAAGGCGUCUGAUGGAUGUGAAGCUGGGGGAGCUCCCCGCCUGGCUGGCCAUCCGUGACAUUUCUCCCCAGGGGCUGCUUGGAGGAGUGCGGAAAGGUGAGGCUGAAUUCCCAGCUCUUGGGGCAGAAUUGUCCCACUUAACCCAAUUUACUUUCCACAGCCUGGUUGAAGUGGCCACUCUGUGUCUUUAUAGAAGCCAAUAAAUAGACGCAUCCAUUUGGCUUUGGAAAGUUGCAUGGAAACCAGUGAACUCUGUAAGAGCUGGACAUAUUUGACCCUUGCGUUUCUGUUCCAACAGCCUGGAGCAACUAUCACGACAAAUACAUCAACGUGAGGAGGGGCGGACCAGCAGGGAUCUCCAUGCUACUGGCUGGAUACUGCCUCCUCAGCUACGGCUGGAACUACCAGCACAUCAAGUGUCAUCGCUGGCGUAAAUACCACUGAAGGAGCUGGAACAGCACCUGACGAGCAAUCGCAAAUAUGUGACUGGGAAUCAGCAGAAGUGCUCAGCACCGGUGUCCCAACAGGGAUUCAGAUCAGCUGCAGUGCAGUUACACUCAGAGAAAGUCUUUAACUGCUGAAGGGGCUGCUUUUCGGUUACCUUCCUGCAGCCAGAAGAGUUAUGCAGCCUACAGUCACAGCAGGCUGCUCAGACUAUUUAGUACUGAAAGGAGAAACUGUUAGAGCUGCCCCUUGGGGCUCUGUUUGCUGUAGAGCGCCGGUAGUCUGCAUAACCCCAAAUAUCUCGCUUUGGGGACACCAGACACAGGGCAAUUCCUUGACUUGGGUUGUUAAUAUAGAUUAAUAGACACAGAUGUUGUAGUUUGUGUUUGGCAGUAAGUUUUGUGAUUAAUUGUGUGAGGCUGGGCCAGAAAGAAGUGUUUCCUGUGUGUUAGCAGCACUGUGCCCGGCCUAGCCCAUCUUUUACUUGCCCCUCUCCAAAGCAAGCACAAUGGUGUUUGCUCCUGACUGGCAGGAGAACCGGGGCUGUUCAGACUGGGAAAAAGAAAAGAAGGCUGAGGGGAGACCUCGUCGCUCUCUACAGCUGCCUGAAAGGAGGUUGUAGAAAGGCGGGUGUUGGUCUCCUCCCAAGUAACAAGCAAUAGGAUGAAAGGAAAUGGCCUCACAGGAAGUUUAGGUUGGAUAUUAGGAAACAUUACUUCAGCAAAAGGGUUAUCAGACAUUGGAACGGGCUGCUCAGGGAAGUGGUGGAGUCCCCUCCCCACAGUUUUAGAUGCUGUUUAGGCAUGGUGCUCAGGAACAUAGUUUAGUGGUGGAGUUGGCAGUGUUGGGUUUACGGUUGAACUCAGCGUACUUUAAGGUCUUUUCGAACCUGAAAAAUUUUGUGAUUCGGCGAAAGGUAGUCCCUGGAGGGCCCCAGGCCCCUGCUUCACCAUCAGUACAGAGCUGGUGGGACUGCCUAGGCUGUGAGAGAAGGACCUUUGUGAAGGCAUUCACUCAGACCGCAGCGCCCUAUUUCUGUGGGAAGAAAAUCCAUUGGAUUAGCUGUUGUGCCCAAAGGGCAAACCCGUGUCUGCAUCAGACAAAUGAGGACAGUUAGAGUGCUAGUUGUAGCCUGCCAUCUCCAGACCUGUCUGGAAAAAGGUUGGUCAUGUUACAGGCAUGAAGGGGGAAAAAGAAGCCAAGGAAGAAAAUAUCUGAACUCUUUAUUUAGAAAGCAGUGCAGUGGUGCUGUAUCACGAGGUGUUUCACCCAGAACUCCCUCUUGCCAGCAAUA